CACAAAUCUUGUUUUCUCUCCGUUGCUUUCUUUCUCCCGGAGAAGCCAUCUCCGAUCUCUCUCCGAUUCAAUUUCCGUCGCCUAUAUUUCGUCUCCUAUUCCCUGCAACACCUCUGACCUCAUCCCACCAGCCUCAGUCAUCGUGCUUCUCUUUCUCAGUAGUGCUAAAGCUCAUGAUGUUGCAAUCAACAACAGUGGGCAAAAGAAAGUCAAUAGAGGCAAGCCAGCCUCGCCCACAAACACGGCAACAAUCACAAGCACAGUCGGAACAUGCAUUUGCCACCCCAACUAGGAUGCAAAUAGAAGUUUUUGGUGAAGCAGCUCAAAAUGUUUCUUACGAACAGGCAAGGAAAACCCGUGGCAUUACACAGGGGUUGGGAACUCAAGCUCUGAUAAAUGCUUGCAAGCAGAAGAUUCCAAUCCGGCCGAAUAGUGAGCACAAGCUCCCUCAGACUGUUCGAGCCAAUGUUAAGUUUCGAUCAGAGAUUGGGAUACAAACGCGCCAGAAUGCUCCACUUAUGGUCAAGCGCUGGAAAGAAGCCACUGCUGUGGAUAAGGAAAAAAUCACCAAGGCGUUGGCGAUCAAGUUUGAUUUUGAUUAUACGGACCCGGUUGUAAAGAAAUUUGUUGACGCUCAUAUGUCCAAGUCCUACACACAAUGGAGGAGCAGGCUGAACACCCAUUACAAGAAACAUGCUUAUGACCCUGAAUAUGCACGGGCUCACCCUCCCAUAAAGCUGUUUCAUAAUAGACAAAUGGCUGAAUGGGAAUGGCUGUGUGAUGAAUUAUUUACUGAUGAGGACUAUCAGAAACGUUGCAAAAUAAACUCUGCUAACCGGAAUAAGCAAGAAUAUGAUCAUCUUGGGAGUUCACCAUUGUACCCGAAACAUAAAGCGGCGGCUAAAGAGACGCCAGCAGAAUCAGCAAAAAGGGAUUUUGAGUAUGUUGAUGCUGAGGAUGAUAUUGAUGAAAAUGAAAUUGAUGAUGAUGGUGAUGAUGAGAAUGAUGUGGAUUAUAAUGUUGAUGAUGAUUAUGUUGAUUAUAAUGAUCAUGUUGAUGUUAAUGAUGAGGAUGAUCUUGAUAAUAUUGUUGGAAAAAUCCUAGAAGUUGAGGUUGAUAAUGUUGCAGAGCAUGGAAAUCAAAGUGCAUCCACCAAUACUGAGAAAAGUAGUGGAAAGAGGAAAGUCUCCUCAUCCUUUACCCGUGUCCAUGGGGACAGUUCAAAGAAGAGACAUAAAACAGCACAUGAGCAAAGAUUUGCUGAUUCUGUACCUCUGCGUGCGAAUGAUGAGGUUCAGUCGGUUUCAAAGGAGGUUAGCGAUGAAGAAUACUUGAUGCAGUGUUUUGGAAUUUUGAACAAGAUGGACGAAAUUGAUGAUGACAGUUACUCAAAAGCCUUGAAGCUCUUCCGAGGUGAUCCUACUUGGAGAAAGCUGUUUGUGGGAAUGCCCGAGAAGAGAAGAAAAAACUUCAUCCUCAAUCUGUACUGUACAUGAUCCCAAUUCCCAAGUUUAAUUGUUGCAUUGAAAAAGGUCUAACUAUGGUUCAUAUCAUGUAACUAUAGUCUUAGAAUUAAUAUGGGAGUAUCUUCUUUGCAAAAAAUAUGGGAGUAUCUUAGUUCCAUCA